AUGAAGCAGCACUUGAUAAAAAGCGUGAAGUUGAGGCUGGUGAACGGGGGCAGUCCAUGCGCCGGGAGAGUGGAGAUUCACAACAAGGGGAACCGGGGAACUGUGUAUGAAGGCGGCUGGGACCUGCAGGACGCGGCGGUGGUGUGUCGGGAGCUCGGCUGCGGCGCCGCCACGGGAGCCCCGGGCGGAGCUCACUUUGGACCGGGGACCGGAUACGUUGUGACGCAUAAUGUUGAAUGCAGCGGGAGCGAGGCCGCUCUGCGGGAGUGUAGAUCACCGUCAUGGGGGGGCUAUGACUUUUCACACUCCCGGGAUGCCGGCGUUAUCUGCGAAGAUCACAGAGAGCCAAGAUUGGUAUCCAAAGAUGAUCAGUGCUCGGGAAGACUGGAAGUGCAGUAUGGUGAAACCUGGGGAACCGUGUGUGACCGGGCCUGGGAUAUGGAUGAUGCCAAUGUGGUGUGCAGUCAGCUUCAUUGUGGAGUCGCCGUGUCUGUUCCGAGAGGGGCUUAUUUUGGAAAGGGAACUGGCAUUGUACGGAACGAUGUAUUUGAAUGUAAGGGUAAUGAGACAAGCCUAUGGGAAUGUCCGCGUUCUUUAGGAACUCUUCAUUGCAACCACACGAGCGAUGUCAGUGUGAUCUGUUCUGGGAAAUAUCGACCACGACUGGUGGGUGGGAAGGAUAGAUGCUCUGGCCGGGUGGAGGUUCUACACGGAGACGAGUGGGGGACAGUUUGUGAUCAGUACUUUAGCUUGCUUGAUGCCGGCGUGGUCUGUGAACAACUACACUGUGGUGCAGUGGCCGCAACUCCCGGAGUUACUCACUUUGGCCGAGGAUCCGGCCCUGUGUGGAAGGAGAACUACCACUGUCGGGGGAACGAGCCCCGAUUAGUUGAUUGUCCAGUCCUACCCAGGGAUCAGACGAGUUGUUCACACGGAAACGACGUCGGUCUCAUCUGCUCAGAUGAAAUUUGGUCUCUGAGAUUGAGCCAUGGGGGCAGUCGCUGCGACGGCCGCGUGGAGGUUUACCACAAUGGUAGAUGGGGGAGAGUGCAGGAUAGCGCCUGGAACAUCAAUGAUUCCAACGUGGUCUGCAGAGAGUUGGGCUGUGGCUCCGCCAUAUUCGCCUACAACUCCUCAAGGAACGGAGAGAGUGAGCUGCCCGUGUGGGUGAACAACGUUCACUGUGAAGGAAACGAGUCGCAGCUCCGAAAUUGCAGCACAUUUACGCCGAAUCAGACAUCCAGCGACAGCAUCGGUGUUGGAGUCCUGUGCUCAGACCAUCUCCAAUUACGGCUGUCUGGGGGUGGAAGUACAUGUGCUGGACGAGUGGAGAUUUAUUACAAUGGGUCUUGGGGCACAGUUUGUGAUGACUCCUGGGAUCUGGACGACGCUAACGUGGUCUGCGGGCAGCUAGGUUGCGGAUAUGCUGUGGAAGAUAAAAUUCCAGGAUUCUGUGGACGAAGUAAAGGCCAAAUUUGGUUGGAUGAAGUAAGAUGCUCGGGUAACGAAUCAUACCUCUGGAACUGUCCCUCCGCACCGUGGGGCCGGCACGAUUGCAGUCAUAAGGAAGACGUGACAGUGAAGUGUUCUGAACACAAAGAGAUGCGGCUGGUGAACGGAGGCCGGCGGUGUGAAGGGAGAGUGGAAGUGUGGUACAACGGGACAUGGGGAACUGUGUGCUCCGGGAAGCUCUAUGGAGUGGAGGCGGAAGUGAUCUGUAAACAAUUAGAAUGUGGACCCCUCGCAUAUAUUGAAUAUGGCGCCAGGAAAUAUGGACAAGGUUCAGGGCCCAUAUGGAUCGAUGAGAUGAAAUGUAGCUCGCACGAGUCAGUCCUUUGGCAGUGCCAGUUUGACCCGUGGGGGAAACACAACUGUAACCACAGGAAGGAUGCAGGCGUUUCAUGUAAAGGUAACACAGGAAAGUCAGUGCGGGUUGAUGGCGGCAGCAACAAUUGCUCCGGAAGGGUUGAAAUAUUAUUCAACAACAGCUGGGGAACGGUGUGUGAUGACUCCUGGGAUCUCGCUGAUACCAAUGUCGUCUGCAGACAGUUGGGCUGUGGCUCUGCUCUUUGGACUCCAGGAGCGGCGACCAUUGCCCCGGCCUCAGGUGACAUCUGGCUGGAUGAAGUGAAAUGCACGGGAAGUGAAUCAUUCCUGUCCCGUUGUCUGGCUUCACCACUCGGUCAACAUGACUGUGAUCACAAGGAAGAUGUCUUUGUCACCUGUUCUGGUAUGUGUCGUUCGUUGAGGCUGGUGAACGGGGGCAGUCCAUGCGCCGGGAGAGUGGAGGUUCACUACAGGGGGAACUGGGGGACUGUGGCUGAUCCCAGCUGGGACCUGCAGGACGCGGCGGUGGUGUGUCGGGAGCUGGGCUGCGGCGACGCCACGGGAGCCCCGCGCGGAGCUCACUUUGGACCGGGGUCCGGAUCCGUUGUGACGUAUAAUGUUGACUGCAGCGGGAGCGAGGCCGCUCUGCGGGAGUGUAGAUCACAGUCAUGGGGGAACUAUGCCGCUCCACACUCCCUGGAUGCCGGCGUUAUCUGCGAAGGUAAACAUCAGCUUUUUCUCUCUUUGCUCCGCAGUUUGGUGAUUUCCGGGAUGCCCUGGAUGUAAAUGACUCGGACUGACC